AACACAAAGGUUUUGUUAUCAGUAGGAGGCUGGACUGGAUCACAGAUGUUCAGUCCAAUGGUCACAACACACGAAGGAAGAAAGAAGUUUAUCGACUGGAACCUGGACUUUAUUAAAAAAUACAAUACUGACGGUGUUGACAUUGAUUGGGAAUACCCGGCAAAAGGAGCAGCAGCCUGUAAUAAAUUCACUCCUGGUGACUCUCAGCAUCUACUGUCCUUACUCAAAGAGCUUCGUGCUGCUCUUGACCAGAAAUUUCCAAAGGAGAGAAAGCUCAUAUCCAUGGCUGUCCACGUCGAACCGUUUGUUGGCAAAAAUGGGCCCAUGAAGAAUGUGUCUGCAUUUGUGCCUUAUUUCGACCAUAUAAAUAUUAUGACUUAUGAUAUCAAUGGUGCGUGGGCCUCUGUUACAGGUCCCAAUGCACCUUUUAAAGCAGAGCCUGGGAGACCCGAAGUAUACUCAUACACAAGUGCUAUCCAGGCCUGGAAGAAUGCUGGUGUCCCUGCAGAAAAGAUUACUGCCGGAUUAGCCUUCUAUGGACGAUCCAUU